AUGCGCUGGCUGCGGCGCCUGUCGGGUCUGGAGCUUCGGCAGAUAGCCGACAGAGUGGUCGGCCAGUCUCCCAUGCGCCAGGUGGCCUGGUGGGACCUGGCGCCGCUGUGCGUGCCCCACCGGCUGCACGAACUGCUCCUCGACAGGCUGCUCAUCGCGCACUACGACCUGCGCGCUUUGCUCGGCGUCGUCGAGCCAUCGGUGCUGACGCGGCUGCGCGUCACCAAGAUCCGGUGCACGUGCCAGGCGGAGAGAAACGUGAACAGUAGCCUGCGUUCGGGACUCGGCGAGGCGUGCGCGACGCAGAACGAUCUGGACGUGGAGCGGCUGGCGAGACUUCUCGCCGAGGCCAAAUCCCUGCAGGAGCUGGAGACCGACCUGCCGGUCAACGUGAGGCGUCUCGCGGCGUCCGGUCCGUACGAGGCCCUGAAGCGACUCCGUCUGGUGCGGUUCGUGUCGCCGUCGAACCCCGGGGCGCGCCCAACGUUCUACCGGUAUUUCCUGUCGAGGAACGAGUUGAUCUCGCUGCUCCAGCAGAUGCCCGCGCUGCGCGAGCUGCGCUGCGACGCGUCGCAAGCCAUCGGUUGGCUGGAAGAAGGCGAGCUAGCGUUGCUCUCGCGGCUGGAAGUGGUCUACCUGCUGCAUGAAGUGCCCGGGGCGAACGCCUCGAGAGAGGAGCCCUUCGCGCCGGGUGCGCAGUUUCUCGUCGCGCACUGCCCCAAUGUAAGAGAGCUUGUAUUUCGUGCGGCCGGACCACGCGACCUUCGUCCCUUGUGCGCGCUGCGGCACCUCGAACGGUUGUGCUUGUGCUACGGUGGCCGAGGUGGGCGCGCGUUCCUGGACGAGUCCCUGCUCGAUGCGCUGGGUCACGUCGCGACCAACCUGCGUCACCUGGAUUUGCCCACCGAGGCACACUUACGGCCUCAAGCGCUGGCGGACGCUUGUCCAGCGCUGGAAUCGCUGGUAGCGCGGUGCUUCCUUCGGCGGAUCAGCCAGGCGCUGGCAGUCGAUCCCCGCCCGCGCCAGCUGCCCUCGGUGGCAUCAAGUGCCACCAGCAGGCCGCUGUCUUCGCUCGUGGAGAUCGAGCUGGUCACCUUGAGGGACGCCGCAGCGGUGAUGCCGCUGUGCCCCGAGCUGCGCACAAUCAAGCUCACGCUGCCGCACAUGGAUCCCGCGGACGCGCAGGAGCUGGCCGACCUGUGCGACCGCGAGCGCUGCCCGAAACUCGAGCGCAUCACGCUCAACCUGAUGGGCUCAUACUCACAUCGCACGGUUGUCCACUUCCUACAACGCAUGGCACGCGUGCCGCAAGUACAAGUCUUUGUCGUGAAAACGCCAGACGUGUAUGCAGAACUCAACACCGCAGCUGCUGCCAACCAAGGUCCAUGAAGACGAUGCACUGCAAUUACAGCUAUGCUUUGAUGGACUGUUAUAUACCAUUAAGAAUAUUUGUGGGUAUGAUCAAUUUACAUUUACCACAUCAGGAAUAUAAGCUCAACAUAUGCGUAUAAAAUAAAUCUCCAAGGGCAUGCAACCACGUUUUGGCUAUUGAAGUGCCAGUGCCCUGCGAGGGACAAAGGCAAAUGAUCCCGACUACACACUAGAAGUCUCCAUUAUCAAUUUCUGUGCAGUAUUAGUACUUCGUGUGUUGACAUAAAUUCUACUGCUCUGGUUCCCUUA